AUGUCGCAGCCUGCAGAAGAACCACCUCGCAAGCGACAGCGAGUCACCCAGGCAUGUCACCGAUGUCGACGGAAGAAAUACAAGUGUGAUAGCGAACGUCCCACUUGCUCUACCUGCAGGACCUCCAAUUCUGAAUGCACGUAUGGCACUGUCGCUAAGAGACGAGGACUGCAAUCCGGCUACGUUCGGGCAGUUGAGAUUCUCUGGGGCUUGGUGUUCAAGAAAGUCGCAGGAAGCCAAGUUGCCAUUAACGACUUGCUGGUAGAUCUGUCUACUAUCAUCAAUUCGGGUUCAAAUGAUGUUUCAAACAAUGGCGACGUCAGCUACCGCGCGGAUGAUCUCCUUGAAUGCUGGAGAAACAGCGGCGUACCUUCGGCCAUCGAGCUGAUGCUUGACGGUACAUUCACGAGCAACCAAGUGAGCUUGUCGGAAGACAUGAACAGCCAGAUUGACACGACCCUGACAUCUUUUCACGCCUGGUCCCUGCCUCAAUCCGAACUUCCACUGGGCACCCCUCCACGCCCGCUAUCGCCACUGCAGUCAACGCAGGGACCGUCACCAACCGUGGACGCUGUCGUGUCAGAUGCAGCAAGGCCGCUGAACGAUACUUUUGCGGCAAAUCAAAUGGCUCUGCCACCUCUCCCAACUGAUUGGCACUCUCUGACUCAGAUUUACUUCACUUGA